AUGGUUUGGGAAAAAUUAGAUAUGUCGAUGUAUCCUGUUGAAAGCAUUAGAAACUUCAGCAUUAUAGCUCACGUAGAUCAUGGCAAAAGUACGCUGGCAGACCGAUUGUUGGAAAUCACAGGAACAAUUGCUAAAACUGACCAUAACAAACAAGUGCUGGAUAAACUGCAAGUGGAACGUGAAAGAGGAAUUACAGUUAAAGCACAAUCUGCAUCUCUCUUUUACAAUCAUGACGGCGUAAAUUACCUCUUAAAUCUUAUUGACACACCAGGCCAUGUAGAUUUCAGCUACGAAGUAUCACGAUCACUGUCUGCCUGUCAAGGCGUCAUACUUGUAGUGGAUGCAAAUGAGGGUAUUCAGGCUCAGACAGUGGCAAACUUCUAUCUUGCUUUUGAAGCACAGCUUGCAAUAAUUCCUGUAAUAAAUAAGAUUGACUUGAAGAAUGCAGACCCUGAAAGAGUCGAAAAACAAAUUGAGAAACUGUUUGAUAUCCCUGUAGAUGAAUGUGUAAGGAUUUCUGCUAAACAAGGAACAAAUGUUGAAAAAGUUCUUCAAAAGGUCAUUGAGAAGAUUCCAUCACCCCAAUGUAAAACUGCUGAUCCAUUAAAAGCCUUAGUAUUUGACUCCACCUUUGACCACUACCGAGGUGUCAUAGCUAAUAUUGCACUCUUUGGUGGGGAGAUUCAGAAAGGGCAUAAAAUUGUGUCUGCACACACAAAGAAAAGAUAUGAAGUGAAUGAAGUUGGAAUUCUGACUCCGAAUGAACAGCCAACACAUAAGCUAUAUGCUGGACAGGUGGGCUACGUGAUUGCUGGAAUGAAAGAAGUAACAGAAGCCCAAAUAGGAGACACGCUGUUUUUGUAUAAACAGCCAGUGGAGCCUUUGCCUGGCUUUAAGUCAGUGAAGCCAAUGGUUUUUGCAGGAAUGUAUCCUAUAGAUCAAACAGAAUAUAAUAAUCUCAAAAGUGCUUUGGAAAGGCUGACCUUGAAUGACUCCAGUGUAACUGUUCAUCGUGACAGCAGCCUUGCCUUAGGAGCAGGAUGGAGGUUGGGUUUCCUUGGUCUUUUGCAUAUGGAAGUUUUUAAUCAACGUUUGGAGCAAGAGUAUAACAUGUCUGUUAUUUUGACUGCACCUACAGUUCCAUAUAAAGCUAUUCUUUCUUCUGCAAAGUUGAUAAAGGAAUAUGGUAAAGCAGAGAUUACUAUUAUUAACCCUGCACAGUUUCCUGAUAAGCUUUCAGUGUCUGAGUAUCUAGAGCCAACUGUUCUUGGUACUAUUAUAACACCUCAAGAAUAUAUUGGGAAAAUAAUUGCUUUGUGUCAGGAUCGUAGGGCAGUCCAGAAGGAUAUGUUGUACAUUGAUGAACACAGGAUUAUGCUAAAAUACCUCUUUCCACUGAAUGAAAUUGUGGUGGAUUUUUAUGAUGCUCUUAAGUCUCUGUCUUCUGGUUAUGCGAGUUUUGAUUAUGAAGAUGCAGGAUACCAGGCAGCAGACCUUAUCAAAAUGGAUAUUCUUAUAAAUGGAAAUUCAGUUGAAGAACUGGCAACAAUCAUUCACAAUGAUAAGGCACAUGCUGCUGGUAAACUCCUGUGUGAACGUUUAAAAGAUGCUAUACCUCGACAGUUGUUUGAAAUAGCCAUCCAGGCUGCUAUUGGCAAGAAAAUCAUUGCAAGAGAAACGCUGAAAGCAUACAGAAAAAAUGUUGUGGCAAAAUGUUAUGGUGGAGACAUUACAAGAAGAAUGAAGCUUUUAAAGAGGCAGGCAGAAGGGAAGAAGUUGAUGAGAAAAAUUGGCAAUGUGGAAGUACCAAGAGAUGCCUUUAUACGUGUUUUAAAGAGACAAACUGACAAGUAGAGAUCAGUGACAUGCUCUCAACUUUAGUAGGCAGUAGCAUGAAGAGCUAAUUUUAACUUUAUCCCUUGAAUAUAGUUGAUUUUGAGUGGUGUAAAUGAAAUGUAUGUGGGAACAUAAAUUGAAAGGACUGUAUACUUAAA